GCAUGAUUGAGCCACACCACAUGGGUCCUAGGUAUCCAGUGGGUCCAGAUCCAAACCAGCAGCAGCACUCGUACAUGGGUCCGACUCAUGGCCCAUGCUUAGGACCACGUCCCAUGACCCUACAGCCUGGAGCUCCUCCUGAAGCCAGCAUCUACCCAUCCCACCACCGUCCAGAGGGCCACACUGUGCAUCCUAUGGGGAACAGGUUCUCAGGCCCGGAAGUAUCACCUCAGCACAACUACCCAGGCUUGAGACCUGCUGGCAUGCCACUACCUACUAUGUGGAGUGGUAUGAAUCAACAGGGGCAGGAGAGGCCCAGCGGCAUGUCUAUUCAAGACCCAAACAUGGUGAACCAGCGCAACUUUAGUUACGGUGGAAUCCCCCCACCUGUGGGUCAUAAACCGUGGCCAGAAGCUGCCGGAUAUCCCAACCAUCCUUCCAACGCCCAGUUUCAAAUGACUGCAGCAGCCAGCUCCCCUGGGCUCAUGUCUGCACGUCCCACUGCGCCCCACUCAGACUCCUCCGGCAGGACACGCUUGGCUUCCAUGCUGGAAAGCCCAGAGAUGCUGGCCCUGCAGCAGCUGUCAGCGUCUUCUGGACCCCCUGCUGGUGCCCCUCAUCAGCACACAGGCAACUUUCAGCAGCCUGGGCCCCCAUCAAGAAUUGGCAGCAUCCCAGCUCACCCCUCUCAACAGCUUCCCCCUGCCCCUGAGGUUCAGCUGCUGCAUCCUGCUAGAGACAAAGGCCCAGAUAGACAGCCUCCCCAGCAGACAAACUUGCACCCCAAAGGCACGACGUCGGAGACCAAGAUGGCUGCCAGCAACAUCUCUGAAGAAGCUCCAUCACACAAAAACAUGUUUCCAGUUAACCAAGAGAGCCCAUCCAACCCUAGCCCCACAAGGCAAUACUGUGGGCUUGCGGAUAAAAUGCAGAGCCCCCCAGCCCCAACCUUGGCCAGAUCAGAAGAGAAUCCUUCUGGAUCAGCGGCCGCACAGAGUUCAGCUAAAAGCCAGUUAGAUAGUCAGGGACACUCUGCCAGUGAAAGUAAUGGUACCAUUCCUGUUUCAUCCCAUCCCAACUCAAGUAACACUGAUCCUGCUCUACCCAAUCCCCCACAGCACAAACCAAACAGUCCACAGCCAAAUGCUCCAAGCCUUGCACUUCUUCCUCAGCACUUCCCACCGCUGGAUGUUGCAGCAGCUCAGAAUUCCACUCAGCAAAUGCCAGACAACUUAAAACUCGCAGAAAGUAUAAAUCAGGAAGGCAAACCCCAGCAAGCCAUUCAAAAACACGAGCAACCCGAGGCGGGCGGCACCUCUCCCGAAAGCCGCCCUCAGAGCUCUCCUCAGCCACUGAACCAGAACACACAGCAACACAAUUCUCUGCUAACCUCUCAUCACGUCCCCCAGAGCAUCUCGCCACACUGCACUACACAAAGCAGUCCCAUGCACGGGAUGCCGCAUGGUGCUACUCAAGGAGCCCAGCCUGGACCCCCACACCCAGCCCCUCUGACCUCUUUGCCACCCAGCCAUCCUGCCCCUCUAUUACCCUCUCAGCCCAGUCCAGCUGAUCUCGGAGAUCAAAGAAACUCUGGUGGGCGUUCCUUAUCUCUGCUUUAA